UCUCAUGAUUUUCUUACAGGGACAUUGCGUUUCAUCCAUGUCUGUAAAGAGUGUGAGUUCUACAGAUGACUAGAAGUCCAGAGAUCCAGACAUCAUAAGGGCUGUACUCUCUACAGCCUCCUCCAGCUUCAGGUUUUGCAUCCACAUCAAGAUGCUCUGAAGAAUUUCACUACCCUAAACAUUAACACUGUUAGGAGUAACUGCUGUUACAAAAUGACUAAAACUUACUCUAUUGUCUUCCAUUUAAUCAUCAUCUUCAUGCUAAUAGUUAAGAUCAGAACUCUACUAUCUGAUGGAAGUGAUGUUUUAGCUGACAGAUCAAACAGGACUCUCAUUCAUAUUCCCAAGGAUCUACCCCCCAGUACGACAAUCCUAAAUGUUUCACACAACUAUAUAUCUGAGCUUUGGGCUUCUGACAUCCUGUCACUCUCAAAGCUGAAGAUCUUGAUAAUGUCUCAUAACAGAAUCCAGAAUCUUGAUAUUAGUGUUUUCAGAUUCAACCAGGAAUUGGAAUACUUGGAUUUAUCUCACAACAAAUUGGAGACAAUUUCUUGCCACUCCACUGCGAACCUUAAACAUUUGGAUCUCUCCUUCAAUGCAUUUGUUUUCCUACCCAUAUGCAAAGAGUUUGGUAACAUGUCCCAGCUAGAAUUUCUAGGGUUGAGUGCAAGCCAGUUACAAAAGUCUAGGUUGCUGUCAAUUUCCCAUCUGCACAUCAGUAAGGUUUUACUGGUCUUAGGAGACUCCUAUGGGGAAAAAGAAAUCCCUGACAGCCUUCAAGACCUGAACACAGAAAGUCUUCACAUUGUUUUUCCCCUGGGGAAGGAGUUCCAUUUUAAUUUGGAUGUGUCAAUCAGUCAGGCAGUAAGUCUGGAACUGUCUAAUAUCCAGUAUGUGCUGGAAGAUGGUGGUGCAUGUUCUUUCCAAAAUGCUCUGAGGAAACUUCAGAAGAAUCCAAGGCUAUCAAAUCUUACUUUAAAUAACAUUGACACCACUUGGAAUUCCUUCAUGAUGAUUCUCCAGUUGGUUUGGCACACAGGCGUAGAAUAUUUCUCAAUUAAAAAUGUGAAACUACAAGGUUGGUUUCAUCCCAGAGAGUUUAAUUAUUCUGACACUUCACUGAAAUCCUUGACUAUACAUCAGGUUGUCAAUAAUGCAUACAGUUUAGAACAAAAUUCUAUCUACAAAAUCUUUGCAAAUAUGAACAUCCAACAUUUCACAGUGUCUGGUACACCUAUGGUCCACAUGCUUUGCCCAUUACAAACUAGCCCAUUUCUGUAUUUGGAUUUUUCUAAUAAUCUCUUGACAGACAUGAUUUUCAAAGAUUGUGGAAAUUUGACCAAAUUAGAGACUCUUAUUUUACAAAUGAAUCAACUACAAGAAUUUACAAAGAUAGUUUACAUGACCAAGAAGAUGAAGUCUCUACAACUACUGGAUAUUAGCCAGAAUUCUCUAAGGAUUGAUGAAAAUGAAGGAAAUUGUUCUUGGACAGAAAGUUUAUCAAGUUUAAAUUUAUCUUCAAAUAUACUUACUGAGUCUGUUUUCAGAUGUCUACCUCCCAGGGUCAAGGUCCUUGAUCUUCACAGUAACAGAAUAAGGAGCAUCCCAAGAGAUGUCAACAAUCUGGAAGCUUUGCAAGUACUCAAUGUUGCUUCCAAUUUUUUAACCAACCUUCCUGGAUGUGGUGCCUUUAGCAGCCUUUCUGCACUGAUCAUUGACUAUAACUCAAUUUCCAGUCCAUCAGUUGAUUUCUUCCAGAGCUGCCAGAACAUUAGGUCAGUAAAAGCAGGGAACAACCCAUUCCAGUGUACAUGUGAGCUCAGAGAGUUUGUCCAGAGAAUGGGCCAAGUGUCAAGGGAAGUGGUAGAGGACUGGCCUGGUUCUUACCAGUGUGACUAUCCAGAAAGCUUUAAGGGAACUGCACUAAAGGACUUCCACAUGUCUCAGCUGUCCUGCAACACCACUCUGUUGAUUGUCACCAUUGUGGUCAUUGUGCUGGUGUUGGGUAGUACCACGGUCAUGCUCUGUAUCUACUUUGAUGUGCUCUGGUAUCUGAGGAUGAUGUGCCAUUGGACCCAGACCCGGCAAAGGGCUAGGAACACUCCCUUAGCUGAACUCCAGAGAAACCUCCAGUUCCAUGCUUUCAUUUCAUAUAGUGAACAUGAUUCCGCCUGGGUGAAGAGUGAAUUACUACCAAACUUAGAAAAAGAAAAUAUACGAAUUUGUCUUCAUGAGAGAAACUUUGUCCCUGGGAAGAGCAUCAUAGAAAACAUUAUCAACUGCAUUGAGAAAAGUUACAAGUCCAUCUUUAUUCUGUCUCCCAACUUUGUACAGAGUGAGUGGUGCCAUUAUGAGCUCUACUUUGCCCACCACAAUCUCUUUCAUAAAGGGUCUGAUAACUUAAUCUUGAUCUUGCUAGAACCCAUUCCACAGUAUUCCAUUCCUAACAGUUAUCACAAGCUUAAAGCUCUCAUGGCAAGAAGGACUUAUUUGGAAUGGCCCAAGGAGAAGAGAAAACAUGGACUUUUUUGGGCUAGCUUAAGAGUAUCCAUUAAUAUUAAAUUGACAGAGCAAGCAAAAGAAGUAUGUCAUACACAAAUCCAAAAUAUUCUUACUACUUCUGCUUUUUGAGAUUUCAACAAUAACUUUAUUUUCAUUUAUCAAAAUCCAAACAUUAAUUUGAAUUUAUGAUGUAGAUGAAAAUGUGGAAUUUUUAAGUUAGCUAUUUACAUAUGGCAAUAAGUAUUAAUAAAGUGACCAUUUUCCUCUUUUUUUACACUUUCUUUUUGCAACCAUGAUUACUGAGUCUCCAUUUCUGCAUGAAGUACUGGCCCUCUUAACUGUUUUCUUUUUAAUGUAGAUAGUGAGAGACAGAAGCAGGAGAGGAGAGACACCACAAUACUUUUCAACCACUUGUGAAACUUCAUUUGCAGGUGCUCCCCUGUAGUGACUGGAGGCUUGAGCCCAGAUCCUUGUAGAGGAUAAAGUGUGCAUUUUGAUUUGAACAGUUAAUUGAGCCUGCAAGAUAGAUACAUGCACUCUCACUUGGAGAGUGCAUUUAUUUUGUCGUAGGCACAAUGCAAAUUUAAGCCUGUUCCCACCACUCACCAACUUGCACUAAAGAAAGCUUUGGUGCUAUGGUGUCUUUCUCUCAAUCUCUAUCUGUUGCUGUUUUUAUAUAUGAAAAGAUUGUCCUGAAGUAGUGAAGCCCCAGUGAUGUCAAAGAUAAUAAAUAAGUAAGUAAAUAAAUAGUUAAUUUCUAGUA